UCGUUCUAUUGUAUAAUGGUCUGCGGAUAUUGAAUGUCUCACUGUUUGUAUAAACGGCUGUGAAAAUUUGGUAAAAAUUGUAAAAUUCUAUCCCAUCGUUCGGCGGAAUAUGUGUUAAUCGUUACAAGUGAGCAGUAUCUAGUGUGGUGUGUCGAUUUAGGUGUAAAACAAGUGCAAGUAGGCAAGCGAAAAUGGCCAAUCCCGCAGGUAUGAUCCCGGACAAAGGAAGUUUGGAGAAGUUUGUCAAAAUUUUGGCUAUGAAAACCACCCAGGUCGUUGUACAGUCCCGGCUGGGCGAGCGGAUGAAGACCGAGGGCAAUCCCCACUCGUCCGGAAAUGAUUGGUUCAACAUUGCUAUUGUCGACCACCCGGAUGUGCUUGGGGAAACGAGGAAGGUACUGCAGCUCAGUCAACACGAGUCGAUUGUCGAGCGGCUUCCGCUGUGCGUAGAAAUCUCCCUCCAGACGGUCGAGGGGGAUGGUAUGAUUCUGGAGGUCUGGUCGCUCAGCGUACAACCGGAUCAGUGUGAUUUGCAGCAGCGCGCCCCCCAUGCCGUGUACAAUCGGAUGGGACUUUUGCUGAAAUCGCUACUCUCAGUGACUCGUGCGACACCCGCGUAUAAACUUUCCCGCCGGCAGAGCCCGGAUUCGUACCAAAUUUACUACAAGAUUUACAUCGGCGCACCACAGACCCAUCAGUUGGGCGAUGAUCUCAAGCAGUUACGUGUCGGACAGUUGAGCACUCAGAUUGGAACGCUUACCAUGGCUGUAGCCUACCGCACCAAGAUGACGAUUCCGCCCAGCGGACGCGACAAUCCCAUUAUGCUGAAGAGCGAUCACUUCCUGAAGGACGCCAGCCCGAAACAUAAUCGGUACAAUAGCAAGAAAACCGAGAAAAAGAUAAUUGAUCUGGACAAACCAAUGCGAUGCGGCGCCCUUGUGGACAAAUCCCGAGUCAGGAUUUUCACCGAGGAAGACUAUCCUCUGCCGGAACUUCCGCCGUUCAACUGGAUGAUACCGAAGGCAAAACCAGUCGCAGCCGGAGCUGCUGGAGAGGAUCAGUGUGCAAAAUCUCCCCCCGGAGGGGACGAGAACUCCUCCACAAACGCAAACAACAACAAUGCAACGGCCACAGCGAACAAGCUCAACAGUAUCAACAACAACAGCGACGAAUCGGCGGGCCAACAACCGAUGCCUUUCAGAUUGUCCCAAUCACCGAAAAGUGGUGGCGGUGAGUGCAGCGCAAGCGUUGCCGCUGCUGGUGGGGCACCGAGUGCUGCCGGCGAGACGAGUGCCACACAGUCGAUUUUGGACUCACUUCCAGCUGUGAAGCCACCACGCUGGGUCCAGCGACCCACCAAACCGGAGGAGGAGCGAUAUCUGAAGGAAAUGAACAUCCCAUUUGCAUUGAAGAACUCUCCGAUCAGUGAGCUGGCCAAGUUCUACCGUGACUGCAUGAACGCACCACCGCUGCAGGAAUUCAGCGAUUUGUCCUAUAUCACUCCGGACGUUGACGACGAGGAGGCGACCAAUGCUGACGUCGGCGGUCAGAUACUAACGGAAGCCGCCGACGAUAACGGUGUCGAUGAAAUGACGCGUCAGCUGGAAAAGUUUGAAACCGAACUCCAGAAGUACGAUAUUCUGAUGGCACAGCUUGAGGAGCGAGAACGGGAGAGGGAGAAGGAGAACGAGGAGGAUUGUGACAGUUAGGAAGGCUGGCGAUUGCUGCCGGGCCGAUUGGGAGGACUAGUUUUAGGAUUGUGGGGGGGAUUUUCGCCGUUUUUAAGAGAAAAUGGCCGACUGAUUGAUGAUAUUCAUCUAGAAACCAAUACUUUUUUUUUUGUUAUAUUUUCCUUCGUGUAGGCUAAAAGAAGGAAUUCUAAGAGUUUAUCGUUAAAAGAGGGAUACACAUUCACUUCAUUUCUUGGGGAAAAGGAUACUUGUGUAUUAUAGUUAGUCGAUGAGAAAGGAAAAGGAGGUAGAGUAGGACAUGAGAAAAUAUCAUUUGCUAUUAAUAAUUCGUAAACGCCUUUUUGGAAACUGGUUUUUAGGAGAGGUUAUCUUCUAUGGGGAAGUGUUUAUGUUCUAAGGGUAAAAUGUUAGGAGGGUUACUAAAUAAUACACAACGUUGGAAGGAAAGAAUCAAAGUUCCUUUGGGAUAUUGUCGCGUAGAUACUCAGAAGAGUAUUUGACAGUUAUUUCAUUUAGACGAAGUGGAGUGUUUUCUUUAGUUUUAUAAAUACUGAAUAAGUUGAGCCUUUCUUAAACUUUUCUCUAAGUCAUGAAUGUAUAUUUAUAGAGAGAGAGAGAGAGUAUUUUACUCGUUUCGUAAGUGGUUAAUCGAUUGAUUCGUUGAAAUUUUCUAUACAUUUUAAAACAUGAAUUUUGUCGACAGAAACAAUAAUUUAUUUCCACACCGUUACUGACCGUAAUUGAAACGCAGUAAAAGAAUAUCGAUUUACCAUUAAUAAGAUUAUUUUUUAGACAUAUAUCUUUUAUUUGUAUAACUUUUUAUUUUAUUUUAUUUUUUACUAAACGUUAAACAUAAAACAUAAACAAAGAACAUUGUCGCUUUAUAAACAUCAUUUUGCAUCAUGAAUGCUUUCUCUGAUUUAUAUUAUUUGAUCAUUUUCUCUAUGCGCGUUUAAUUUUAUAAUAUUUAGUCUUCUAGAAGACGGCAAAUUUCCAAGACUGAAUCGAUCUACUUUGGGAAUCGUAACAAAAUUGUGGCAAGUAGAUAUUUUUGAAUGAAGUUAGCCAGACGAAGGUAGUCCCGAUCUGGAACAUUUAUUUAUUUAUGCUUGAUAUUCGGUCAGACUAAAAACAGAAACAAACGUUGAAUGAGAAUGAAUUGUGCAGUUGAUCGAAACCUGAUUUGCCAUCAUUUCACAAUCACAUACACAUACACAUGAGAAAUAACACUUGCUACUAGUAAUUUAGUAAUAGAACAGUCAAAAUUAGAGCUUCGGAAUAUCACUAGAUGAAAAUCAACCAUACACGCAUAAAUAAGUUUUUUCAUUACUCUUUUCAAAGUAAAAUAAUCAAUAUCAAACAACAAACCAUCUCGUAGCCGUUUUUGAAUCAUCGGAACAACUGUUAAUCCAGGAAGCAGAAGGCAGUACAGAUUGCCCUGUUAUUCAUUGUAAACAACCAUUGCGAUAAAACAAACCCAAACCAUUGUUUUUCUUUACCAUGAUACCAUUUUGAAGACGAAAAAAAACCCGGACAGUGAAGAAUAAAUACACAAAAUAAAUACAACACUUUUGGUUCAUUCUAA